AUGGCUGUUUCAGGGGUCGGAGUUAUGGAAAGUGAUGACGUAAGCCAAGGAGACUACUCGUGUAACUCCGAGACAACCGCAGGUGCCGAGACCAGCGCGAGUGAAGAUGAUGGGAAAGGGAUUCAAAUUAAAAUCAAGAGAGCCAUCGAAAAUGGCAUACUGGAUGAAGCGAAAAAAAAAAAAAAAAGGAAAAUCCUCAAUUUUGACAGAAGCUUGAAAAGAAGAAAAAAUUUCAGAAUCCAACAGGAGGGAUUCAAAAUUAAUAUUCGCAAAUUCAGAUUGUUCAAAAUUGACCACGUGAAAAAGGAAGGGGCGGAAAUGCUCCCCCCAGCGAGGAAUUACCGGGACCGCCCCACUGGGACUGACGCGGACAAAGCGGGUGCUACGAAAUGA